CUGUUUUCCAUCCAUGAUGAUUCCACCGGACGGGACUCUCCGUUUGGCACGGUCGCAAAAUAGUCUUUUGUGAAGGCAAACAGGGUUUAGACCCCUAUCUGCCGGGGGAUACUGACACUGACCUCCCACGAGGGGCCAUCAUCACCCAAUGCAACACGGCCUGACUGCCCCACAGAACUGUUUCAGGCGGGGAACCAACUUGGAGACGCAGGCCUCAAAAGCGCCUCUUCUGCCCGGACUUGGCCUCUGUCCCUCGUCUCCCAGCCCCAAUGUAUGUCACAUUCGACGCUGCCCAGGACCCCAACCCGACCCCCAACCGGGGCCCGCGCAACCCAAAACAGCCACGACGAAGCCAUCGAAUCGGUCGCCAGGGAGUAGCCCCGCGCGCCUGCACUUCAUGUCGGCGGCGGAAGACGAAAUGUGACGGCCAGCAGCCCUGUGAGGCGUGCCAGUGGUACAAGAAGCCGGACUUGUGCUACUAUCUGCAUCGCCCCUCGCCGGCUCCACAACGGGAACCAGCGGCGCACUCGCGCUUUCAGGAUGCCCUGGCGAGGCUCUUUCCCGACACUGCCCCAGAGACUCUUGUCAAUCUCUCGAGGGAGCAAAUGCUCGACAUGGUGGCUUCCCAGCAGCAAGGCUCGCCCGCCACGGCCGCGUCAAUUGGCACUCACGCCUCGGCGCUGUCAAUUAAGCGCCCUGAUCUGGAGGGCCUGCAUUCAAUGCCCGGUGACGUUGAACAGCCGGACCAUAACCAUGGCAUCCGGGGCUCAGAUCCAUCCGCGCCAAUCUCGGACGACGUCAAUGCACUGUCAAUCACCUCUCGACAUUCUACUUCCUACCUGGGGGUCUCGUCUAUCCAGGCCGCUUUGAAAGUGAUCGCGUGGCUCCAUCCAGAACUCGAGACACACUUCUCCCGCACGUCCAAGGGCGACGACAGUCUCCAAUUACUACCCAACUCGCAGCGCGCCAGUCCGCCGACGGAAAUGGAAAUGCUAGAUGCAUACUUUGUAAACUUUCACCCAUUCGCGCCUCUUUUGGACGAAGAUGCUUUCCGUUCCGCGUUCAUGGCAGGCAGCCGCAAGGACGACCCAUGGCUGGCAUUGCUGAAUAUUGUUCUUUCAUUAGGCAGCAUUGCAGCUACGGGCGCAGAGGACCGGACUCACCAGCUGUAUUUUGAACGCUCCAUGAGUCGGUUGAACGUGUAUUCUCUCGGCAGUCCUAGCCUCGAGCUGGUCCAGGCCCUCGGGCUUAUCGGUGGCUGGUAUUGCCACUACAUCAGCCAGCCGAAUCUGGGGUACUCACUGAUGGGCGCUUCUCUGCGAAUGGCUGUCACCCUGGGCCUACAGCGGGAGCCUUGCACCCCGAACCGCUUUGCAGUCGAUAUUACGGGGUUGGCAUCUCAGGAACUCAGACGUCGUAUCUGGUGGUCACUUACUUGCCUGGAGACCUGGGGCCAUGAGACGCUGGGUCGUCCGAACAUGGACUGCUUUGGCCCAAGCAUUACCGUGAAUCCUCCGCAUGUGUUGGACAAGGAAAGCUAUCUCCGGAUCCUUCCCUUGACUGAAAACAUUCAAUAUGCAAAGAUCUCCUCGAAGAUCCAGGAAUCUCUCGCAGCACUCCCGACCCUCACACCCACAGAGAUGGGCGAUCUGGACUCCCAAUUACUGCAGUGGUGGGAGAAUCUACCACCGAUCCUCAAAUUUCACCAACCCUGUCCCCAAUCGCUGUACACGGUUCGGACUAUUAUGCGAUGGCGGUUCUACAAUCAGCGUAUCCUACUUCAUCGCCCUGUUCUUCUGAACUUCGCGAUGCGGCGCGUGCCCUUUAGUGCCGUGCGAGGGGAGGAGCGAGGGGCUAUUGGGAAAUGCCACAGCAACGCCGAGGCGCUGAUCCAGGAUAUCUCUGGAAUGACCGAGCUUAAUCAAGUAAUCGGCUGGAAUGCUGUUUGGUUAUUAUUCCAGGCCGUCAUGGUCCCGCUAAUAUUCCUCUCCACCAGCCCUACCGACGAUGAUUCCCCCGGGUCUUUGGACACCUGUAAGGCCCUGGUCGAGGCGGCAAUACUCACACUUGGCCGUAUGCGAUCGUACAGUCGAACAGCAGAAGCUUCUCUGAAUGUUGUGACGCGCUUUUUCGGAGCUAUCGUACAAGGGCCUGACCAGUCGUCCGGCAUUCCCCAAGGCAGCAGUACCUCAAUAGACCCUUUUCCUCCCUUCGACACCACAAUCAGCCGUGAUGCAGCCACGGCGGCAUUCUUUGAUGACUUUUGGCCGCAGCAUGUGGUGGACUAUCUGAGCUGGGAUGCCAAUAAUAACCUUUGGCCGGAAUUGCCAAAUCUGAAUCCUCAAAGCAGCGAGGCGUUGUCUCUCUUCAAUCCAGUGGCCGAAGGGAUGUAAACAUAUAGGCAUACAUUAGCCCUGCUCAGUAUUCCCAUAUCUCAAAUACGUCUUCAUGAACAUACAUAUAUAUGUAAAAUGAUCAUUACACAAACCUAGGAUUGCUGACCUAUACUAAGUUAAAAAUCGAGCUAUAGACAGG